AUGAAUCCACUGAUUUCUGCCGCUUCUGUUCUUGCUGCUGGAUUGGCUGUAGGGCUUGCUUUUAUUGGACCUGGAGUUGGUCAAGAAGAAUUGCGCGAGGGGGCCAUCGAACAGCUGGAAAAAGCCCGAGCUCGCUUACGGAAAGUAGAAAUAGAAGCAGAUCAGGUUCGCGUGAAUGGAUACUCUAAGAUAGAGCAAGAAAAAUUGAAUUUUAUUGAUUCAACUUAUAAGACCUUGGAACAACUAGAAAACUAA